AUGGAAGCGCCAACACCAAAUUCUGCAUCAAUCAGGGUGGCUCUUGAAGGAUGUGGACAUGGCUGCCUCCAUGAUAUCUACGCAUCAGUCGAAAGGUCUGCUGCUUUGAAAGGUUGGGAUGGCGUUGAUUUAGUGAUAAUCGGCGGAGACUUCCAGGCCGUUCGCAAUUCUAAUGAUCUUGCUUGCAUGUCUGUCCCACAGAAGUACAGGGAACUAGGCGAUUUCCACGAAUAUUACAGUGGAAAGCGUACCGCUCCGUACUUGACUAUCUUUAUUGGCGGCAACCAUGAAGCUGGGAAUCAUUUAUUCGAACUGUAUUACGGCGGAUGGGCUGCGCCUAACAUUUACUACAUGGGUGCAGCAAAUGUGAUUCGCUGUGGUCCUCUACGUAUUGCUGCCAUGUCCGGUAUUUGGAAGGGCUAUGAUUACAGAAAACCGCACUUUGAAAGACUUCCCUAUAACCGUGAUGAUAUCCAAAGCAUAUAUCAUGUUAGAGAACUUGACGUUCGCAAGUUGCUCCAAAUACGUACUCAAGUCGACCUGGGUCUCUCACAUGACUGGCCCAAGCAAGUUGAAUAUUCUGGCGAUUUCGAAACCCUGUUUCGUACCAAGAGAGGAUUCCGUCAAGAUUCACAGGACGGGAGAUUAGGGAGUUUGGCAGCUAAAUAUGUUCUUGACCGCCUGCGCCCGGCCUAUUGGUUUUCAGCUCAUUUACAUGUGAAAUUCGUCGCCUCUAUUCAGCAUGGCGAAUACACAAUCCCGGGGAAUCCAGCAAAAGGGCCGGAAACUGCUUCGGAACGUACCAUCCCACAAAACUCGAAUGCUUCACAUUCGUUUGGUUUGGAUGGUGCGACUGUCUCUUCCUUUUUAUUCGGAAAUGACGACCAGGAAUUUCACGAGUCUCCGCGAAAACGCAUUGCAGACAAUGUGCUUAAUAAGUCUGUGUCGAUCCCCAGUGAGCAACGCCAGGACGAAGCAACUGAAACAACAGACGUUCAUCCUUCGCACUCACAGCCGGGGCCUACAGAGGAACAUCAAGUCCAUACAGACGCGCCAGACAUUAAAGUCUCGACCACAGAUCAAGAAACCCUUGGAGAUACACAGAGUCGGAUAUCAGCAUGGAAUAGUUUUCAUACAGUCGCUGCUAAAAAUGAAGCUGCUGAAAAUGCACGCUACUUAAGGGAGCAAGAACAAAGUCAGGGAAUCCCUCCUGAUGUAAAGCACAAUUUAACUUGGCGCAAGAUUGAUGUUGAUGAAGAUGGCACUGGCCGAAAGUUGACGAGCAUCGAGCAAAGUGGUGGUACCGAAAUCCCUGAAACCAAGAAACAGAAGAUACAACACGACCCCGUAAAAAAUGAGGAUGAAAUUGAUCUGGAUCUGGAUAGUGACUUGGAGGACAAACCCAUUAAUGCCGGUGUCAACCCUGGGAUACAAGCCAAACUCGAGCCCUCCAAAGAGAAUAUUGCGCCUCAUGACGGCGAUAGCAAAUCAUCGGACUUGCCCAAAACCGCUCAGGGGGCUGAAGCCGAAGUAUCUGAAGAGUUACGCAACCAGCUCCCUGCUAGCUUCGCCCGCCCUCAGGCUGAGCUCCGCCAUUAUAACGAGUCGCUGCCUGAUGCUAUCUCAAACACAACAACUCAUUUUCUCGCUCUGGACAAAUGUCUUCCGAACCAUGAAUUUCUUCAACUAGUAGAAUUUCAUACUGUUUCAAAUUUAGAUGGAGCGCAAUGUGAGCGUCCUUACCGACUGCAAUACGAUAAAGAGUGGCUCGCGAUUAGUCGGGUCUUUGCCGACCAUCUCCACUUGGGAGAUCCUGAGGCUAAGACACCAGCAGACAAAGGGGAUGCUAUUUACAAACCGCAAAUCAUAGAAGCAGAGCAGUGGAUUGAGGAGCAUGUUGUGAAACCUGGCAAAAUGACCAUUCCGGAGAACUUUGAGCCAACUGCACCUUUCUACGAUCCCUCGAUCCCUAUCACUACCGACGAGAUGCCGUUCGAGUACACAAAUCCCCAAACUACACAGUUCUGCGACCUAGUUGGGAUUGAGAACAAAUUCCACCUUAGUGAUGAAGAACGCCAAGCGCGCAUGGCCGCUGGCCCGCGUCCUCCGCGACCCUCUGAUUUCAAGGGCCCUCGGAAUCAUCGUCGGGGUGGCGGUUCUGGGCCUGGGCGUGGACGAGGCGGAUUCGGGCGUAAUCGUGGUGGUCGUGGUAAUCGUCGCUAA